GGGGAAACACUGUCAGACAGAGCGGAGAGCAGCAGAGGAAUAAUUGAAUCUGACACAAACCAUAGAGAGACAUCAAGUCCUGGAAAGGAUUAAAAUUUCUACUAUGACCACCGUCAGUUAUCUGUCUUCCACUCCUGGCCCAAAUAACCUCGAGGAUGACAGCGUUGUGAGCAAUGACAUCUCCACCACCUUGGGUGCCCUCAUCCUCGGCUUGGUCUUCCUCCUGGGCGUCCCUGGCAACCUCUUCAUUGUCUGGAGCAUCCUAGCUCGCAUCCGACGACGCUCCGUCACCACCCUGCUCAUCCUCAACCUGGCGUGUGCUGAUGGCUUUCUCAUGGCCCUCACCAUCUUCUUCAUUGUCUACCUGGCCAAGCAGACGUGGGUCUUUGGUGACGCCUUGUGUAAAGGCCUGUUCUACCUGUGCAAUUCCAACAUGUACGCCUCCAUCUUUCUGAUCACACUGAUGAGUUUGCACAGACUGGUGGCUGUGGUGUUUUCGAGGAGAGUGUCCUCCAAGGUCAGCAGGAAGAUUGUGAGGAGGGUGAUUGUAGGCAUGUGGGUGCUGGUGAUGGUCAUUUCUAUCCCGUCACUGGUGUUUCGAGACGUCAGAGAGGACAAAGAUGAGAAGAACAGAACAAGACUGGUGUGUGCACCCAAUCACACACUGGCUCGACAUGUGAGGUUUCAGUAUGCCUUAGAGACAGUGGCAGGAUUCAUUCUUCCUUAUGCAGUCAUCAUAACCAGCUACAUCCUCAUCCUGAGACGCCUGAGGCAGACCAAGUUCCGCCGAAAGGUCCGCAGCGAGAAACUCAUUCUGGCCAUUGUGGUGACAUUUUGUCUUUUCUGGCUGCCGUACCAUGUUAUCAACAUGAUGCAGGUGGCAGCGGAGUGGUAUCCGGAGGAUUCACCUGUAAGAGAAAAUUUGGACUAUAUCACCAAAUCCAGUCGCGCAGUGACUUCAGCUUUAGCUUUCAUCAGCAGCUGUGCCAAUCCCGUCCUCUACACUUUCGCCGGGAAGUCCUACAUCAAGCAGAAUGGCUUGUCCUUCAUGGCUCGGCUAUUUGAGGGCACAUCAUUAGACCAUUCAGGGACCAAAAAGAGUAAAGACACUAUGGGACUCAGUAAUGUUGACUCCACAAACAGCACAGGACCUACAACAUUACAAAAUGGGAGAUAAGCAUUGAAUGAACUUUGAGCAUAUGUAAGAGUGCUCUGAGAAUUUGUUAAACCAAAAGCCCAGCUAGCAGCUUACCAUCAGGUAUUGUACUUUGUUGAUUGUGUUGAAGAAAGUUUGACUGGAAGUCAGGGGUGCAGGAACAAGAAAUUAAACUGUACCUGAUAUGUAUACUAGAAUUGUAAAUAUUUUUAUAGCCCAUUUUUAUUUUGUCACAUUUUGUAAAAGUUAGAGAAUAACACUCAAAAGAAAAACAGCAACAUGUACUUGAACAUAUUGUGAAAAAAAUGUAAUUUCUUAACUGGUGUCCCUUUAUUUUAUGUGCCCCAUUUAGCAUAUAUGAUAAAUGAUACAAACAUUGAAACAUUUACAGCAACUACAUUCCACUGAGUUAUAAACCUCUUCAAUGUGUUUAUAUAGACUUAAAAAGGGGUCUAAGAUGUGGCCCAUUUGGCCCUUCACACAAAAUACAUCCAUUUCUACAGCUUAACCAACUCAGUGUUUAUCUGGACAGAAUCUGGUGCAUGACCCUUAUUUUUACUAGUAAAGAACUCAAACACACUUGCAAUACUUGUGAAGGGCAGGUCACCUUUUCCUCUUAAAACAUCUGGAGCUGGCACUGUUGCACCCUCCUCAUCCAAGUUCUGACAUGUUUGAAGAGUUUUGUACAAACUGCACCCAGAUUGGGCCAUCUAUAAUAAACCACAUGAAAAUGUGAAAUCUUGACUCUA